AUGGAGAACCCAGGUUAUUCUGACCUGGAUAAAACAACAGUCUCAGAGAUCUCGUCAGUCAUCAAGCUCCUGGUUGAGUCACCGCCGUCAAUCCAACAAGAGACGAUCGAGCGCUACUUCACCCCGUCGGCGGCCUUUGUACAUCCCUUCUGCCGCGUGCCCAGCUACAAUGGCAGCCGCUGGACAAUCAUCAAGAUCUUCCAAUGGUAUAAGAUCAUGUCGCCUCGAAUCGAGCACCAGAUUCAUUCAAUAGCUUACGAUGAACAACACCUCACCCUCUACAUCACACUCUCGCAGAUCUUCUCCAUAUGGCUGGUCCCAUUCCACGUCUCGCCCGUGAGGCUCACGACGGUCAUCAACCUCACCACGGACUCGGGAGAAAUUGAUGACCAGAAACCUAUGGUCAAUGGUGACUAUACCCGCUACUACAUCGCCAAGCAAGAGGAUCUGUACCAGGUCUCGGAAUGGAUCAAGUUUCUUGUUCCGCAUGUAGGGCAUCUGAUUGUCCUGGCGUUCCAGUCCUUUGCAACGCUCUUUUGUAUAGUGGGCGUUGCUGUCUUCUACCCGAUUCUGUGGCUGGAAGAGAGACGGUAUAUCCCGUACAAGGUGCUGCGCAAGGGAAAUCUGGUAUACAAUAUAGAAAGAAAGAUUCCGGAGAUUCGAGCUUGA